CGCUCGUCGACGAGACCGAUUGCCUCUGUCCGACGCGUACUACUCGCUGCCACCGUGUAUAUCGCGCGUUGCUGCCGCAAAUACUGCUAGACAUAAUAGCUGUACUGACUAAGGGCUACAUUUAUCCGUUGCUAUUGCCCGAAUAGUUCCAUUUUGGGCCUGUUGUUUGUUUCCAGAUAUCGAUAUGCCUCGCCGCUCAAAAGCGUCGCUGAUGCGGGGUCAUCCCCCGCGAUUCCUCUCUUCCCACCACGACAGCCUUCGAACCGCUUGCUUCACCGCCGAUCCUACCGACAUGGACGACAAAACCUCGCCUCACAAGGGUCUUGCGCGUGCAGACCCCGCGAAUUCGGCGGACAAACGGCAACAAAGCGAGAGAGACGCGAAUACUUGGAAGAACCAGAUAUACAAUCGGGUCGUCCAGCCUGUCGAGGACGAUGAGAUCAACGUCUUCCUGAGGGAGUUUGUUCAUUCGGAGGUGCCCAUCCCCCAAUGCCCGGCGCGGAGAUUUCCGCGGGAGAUACCCUCUGGGAAAGGGAAGGAGCACAAAAUGUAUAAGGCUCUGAUCCCUGGUCUUGCUACUUUGGUCGAAGGUUUCGAGGCCGCGAAGCGUCCGAAAUUCAUCAAUCACGCACACAAGGAGAUGCGGUUCCCAUUCGCUUUGGGCGACGACGAUAACCAUGUCACGAAACCCGACAUCGUAGCGACGAUACCUGCACGGCCAUACAUUCCUCCCGCCGAUCGCUGGCGGAACGUUGCGCUAGUAUUCGAGAUCAAAGCUCGCGAUGCAGACGACCCAAUGGUGAAGUACACAGCCGCGCACGAGAAGACACUUGUCCAGCUUGCGAAGAGUGCACGCAACAUCAUGCUCUCGCAGGGUAGACUGUACGCCUUCGUCGUCGGGAUCUACGGACAUCAGGCACGCAUCUUCCGUUUCGAUCGGGCGGGGGGUGUAUGCUCGCCGCAGUUCAAUUACAUGAAGAAGCCGUACAUCCUCCACGAGUUCAUGUGGCGCUUUGUGCACCCCGCAACCCCCGGCUGUGUUGUAGUCGGCGAUGAUCCAACAAUUCGCCUUGGCAGUCGCGCAGACCGCGCACUAGCGCAAAAAUGGGUGGCAGACUAUGACUCCUCGUGCACGUACACCGCGGAGAAUAGGAAGGCUGUCCGCAGGUUCACCAUCACCAACGACAAGGGCGUCCCGACCGAGUACCUGGUCUACAAGCUCAUCUUCGUGAACCCACGCCUCUUCUCACGUGCGACAACGAUUUGGGAAGCUUUCGAGCUCCUUAAGGGUGGCAAAGAAACGACGGGAAAGCGUGUCGUUAUCAAGGAUGCCUGGCGACAGUUUGCGCGGCCAUCCGAAAUUGGCAUAUAUAUGGAGAUGCGGGAGGCAGCGGAGGCGGCGGCAGAGGAAGCGGCGGCAGCGGCGGCGGAGGAAGCGACGGCGGCGGCGGCAGCGGAGGAAGCGACGGAGGCAGCAGCGGAGGAAGCGGCGGAGGCGGCAGCGGAGGAUGUAGCGUCAGCCUUGAUCAACAUCGCCGAGUUUGAGUACGGCGAGGACUUAGGCCUGCGGGAGGCACAGAGCCUGGUCCCUCCGCAGGAGCGGGCCAGGUCCGGCGCUAGCGGCACGCAAGGUGCCUCCGCAGGUCCUGCGGCCGAGAAGUAUUUCGAGGAUAUUCCCCCGUUGGCGGUGCCUUACCGGCGCGUUUUGGGACAACGGACUGUCACCGCACGCUGUCGGGAUGUGAAGCACGAGUAUAACGAGCGCAGUCAUACGCGGUUGGUUAUGAAGACGAUUGGGGUACCGAUCACCCAAUUCGAGUCGACGUACGAGUUGGUCACAGCACUCCGAGAUGCUAUCUUAGGGCAUCUUCAAGCUUACAUAGCUGGCAUUGUCCACAGAGACAUCAGUCAGGGCAAUGUCAUGAUAGCACGGAGACUGGAUGGUACAGUCAUAGGCUUCAUCCAUGAUUUUGAUUACGCGUUCAGCUGGAGGCGAUUCCUGGAACGCGAGAGGAAGACCGCGAGCAUCGAGGAGUGGGAGCAGUACGCCCGAGAGGAGUACAAGCGCGUGGUAAAGACCAUGUACCUACGGAUGGCAGCAAGAAGAGGCGGUAAAGGCGUGGCCGAACCUGCGCCAGACUCAAGAGACCCGAGGAAUGAUCACAAGCAGCGAACGGGUACACCGCAUUUCAUGGCCAUUCAAGUGCUUGAUGAGCACACACGCGUCCCCCACGAGGUUCAUUACGAUCUCGAAUCCUUCUUCUGGCUGCUCGUGUGGAUCGUCCUGCGGCAUACCAACUACGUGCACUUCGAUGGUGACGAUGCUUGGCACGUUCUGUUCGACGCCACUCUACGCCAAGGCAGUGCUCUCAAGCAGGUCUGGCUCAACAACCAUGACACCGUGUACAUUGAGGCAAACGAGCCGCUAUCGAACCUUCUAGACGGAUUCAGAGUGCUCUGCAAGAGGAGCAACGAUAACCCCGACAUGCAUUUGACUCACGAGGAAGUCCUGGGGCUUUUCGACGAAGCACUGGCAGAUCGGGAUGCCUGGCCUCGAAACGAUCGUGCGCGCCCCUGGGUUCCGCCCAAGUUCGACCCAAAUGAGCAACUUCCAGGCAUGGAAGUGCCGUCGGGUCAGAAACGCGGCAAGGGGACGCUCACCUACACCUCCGAGCAGCCUGUGAUUGAUCUUCCGAGCGGAAACGGCGAUGAAGAGGAUGGAGAUGACGACCAGGACGUAGAAAAUCACGUCGACGGACAGUCCGCCGAAACGGAGCCGGAGGAGGACGAGGACGACGAGGACGACGACGAGGAGGAGGUGGGGGUGGAGGAGGAGGAGGAGGAGGAGGAGGAGAGGUCGGAGGUACCGCCGCGAUCAGCGCGUGCGAAGGGUGUCCGCGGUAGACCGACGCGCCAACGGGUCGCCCCUUUGCGUGCCUCGAGCACCCACUAUCGCGCAUCUGGCACCCGCGAGGACCCACCAUCGACCGACAGCAAUGCGUUCCAAACGCACUCGUCCGGCUAUGCUCUACGGUCGGCACAAGGCAAGCAGGCUCAGCCAUCAGCGGCCAGCACCUCUCGGAAAGCGGCACGUCUACCCGGCCCUUCGAGGACCCGCUCCGGCGGUUCACAGAACCAGUCUGCGAAGCAGCCUACUCGUAGCCAGGACGGUCCGUCGACACGGGGAAGUAGUGCUGGGAAGCGGACUCGCACCCGUGAGGACGACGGAGAUGUAGAAGACGACGCCAGGUCGACCCCCUCGCCCAAGCGUCCCCGGACUUUGAGCAACUCUCGCAGUACGAGAGGGCCUCGCAAUCUCAGGAGCAAGCGUGUCCGUUGAUACGGGGAAGCAGUGC